AUGUCGGAGAUCUCGUCAUCUAGUCGCGCCGAUGAGGUGCAAAAUCUCUUGAAAGCCGUCGAAGAUCUCCUCAUUCCCUUUAUCCGAGCUGCCGACGAGCCGACAGUCAUCCCGCAAAAGAAUGGCACCAAUGGCACGAACGGAACGAACGGAACGAACGGAACGAAUAGUGCAAACGGGCACUCAUACGGAGCAUCCCUAGUUGACUAUAGAAAGCCUGAGGAGCUCCGAGAUAUCCUUCAACUCGAGAUCCCCGAACAAGGUCGACACCAAGACGGUCUGAUCGAAGUGUUGCAGAAAGUCCUGAAAUACUCGGUCAACACCUGGCACCAGGGAUUUCUAGACAAGCUAUAUGCCUCGACGAAUGCCCCCGGUGUGGCAGCAGAAUUGAUCCUUGCCGCGUUGAAUACCAAUGUCCAUGUUUACCAAGUCUCGCCCGCGCUGACGGUCAUCGAGAAAUAUACCGGUCAGCGACUCGCGACUCUUUUUGGAUUGAACGGACCGCGCGCUGGUGGAAUCUCGGUGCAGGGUGGCUCGGCUUCUAAUACUACCUCCAUCGUUAUUGCACGCAAUAAUCUCUAUCCUAGUACCAAGGAGGACGGUAACGGUGGCUACAAGUUCGUGCUGUUCACCAGUGUCCAUGGCCAUUACAGUGUGGAGAAGGCCGCACAAAUGCUUGGAUUUGGUAGUCGAGCUGUUUGGGCUGUGCCAAUUGACAAGUAUGGCCGUAUGAUUCCUGCAGAAUUGGAGAAGCUGGUUCAGAAGGCUCAAAGUGAGGGACGAACCCCGUUCUAUGUGAAUGCCACAGCUGGAACGACAGUAAUGGGCUCUUUUGAUCCAUUUGAGGAAAUCGCAGCAAUCUGUCAAAAGUAUAACUUAUGGUUCCAUAUUGACGGGUCUUGGGGUGGCUCGUUUGUUUUCUCGCAGCGACAGAGGUAUAAACUGGGUGGCUCUGAGAAAGCAAACAGUAUUGCGAUCAACCCACACAAAAUGCUCGGAGUUCCGGUGACAUGUUCAUUCCUUCUGGCAUCCGAUAUGCGCCAGUUUCAUAAAGCGAACACGCUUCCCGCGGGAUACCUCUUCCACAAUGAGGAUACCGAGGUCACUGCAAAUGGGGAUGGGCACGACGCGGAACUAGAUGUGGACUCCCCCGAAAUCUGGGACUUGGCGGACCUAACUUUGCAGUGUGGUCGUCGUGCCGAUUCUUUGAAGCUAUUCCUGGGCUGGACAUACUACGGAUCCGAGGGGUAUGAGCAGCAAAUCGAUACUGCUUGCGACAUUGCCGCUCACCUGGCAACUCUCGUUUCGAAGAACCCGAACUUUAUUCUCGUCAGCGAGAAUGCGCCGCCGUGCUUGCAAGUUUGUUUCUACUAUGCUCCUGGCAAGGAGUUUGUAUACUCGCGGGAAUCAGACAUCGUUUCGAACGAAGAGCAGCGGGGCAAGAAUAACAGCAAGGUUACCGAGCAGAUUACACACGCCAUCGUUCCCAAGGGCUUCAUGGUGGAUUUCGCGCCUCCUAGUGGGGACGAGAAUGCUGUUGGAAGUGGCAAGUUCUUCCGAUGUGUCGUCAAUGUCACCACCAGCAAAGAGACGGUGGAGUCUCUUGUACGUGCCAUUGAGGAAGUUGGACCAGGUAUUGUCGAGUCCUUGAAGGUGACUACGCCAGUCGUUCCUCUGAAGCGACUGGUUGAACAUGGACAUGGGCCUGUUGUUCACCACACUUGA